GCCUCGUCCGUGUGGAUAGUGUGGCGCCUCGUCCGUGUGGAUAGUGUGGCGCCUCGUCCGUGUGGAUAGUGUGGCGCCUCGUCCGUGUGGAUAGUGUGGCGCCUCGUCCGUGUGGAUAGUGUGGCGCCUCGUCCGUGUGGAUAGUGUGGCGCCUCGUCCGUGUGGAUAGUGUGGCGCCUCGUCCGUGUGGAUAGUGUGGCGCCUCGUCCGUGUGGAUAGUGUGGCGCCUCGUCCGUGUGGAUAGUGUGGCGCCUCGUCCGUGUGGAUAGUGUGGCGCCUCGUCCGUGUGGAUAGUGUGGCGCCUCGUCCGUGUGGAUAGUGUGGCGCCUCGUCCGUGUGGAUAGUGUGGCGCCUCGUCCGUGUGGAUAGUGCGGCGCCUCGUCCGUGUGGAUAGUGCGGCGCCUCGUCCGUGUGGAUAGUGUGGCGCCUCGUCCGUGUGGAUAGUGCGGCGCCUCGUCCGUGUGGAUAGUGUGGCGCCUCGUCCGUGUGGAUAGUGUGGCGCCUCGUCCGUGUGGAUAGUGUGGCGCCUCGUCCGUGUGGAUACUGUGGCGCCUCGUCCGUGUGGAUAGUGUGGCGCCCCGUCCGUGUGAAUACUGUGGCGCCUCGUUCGUGUGGAUUGACCAAUCAUCAUGGAUAAAUGUUUCAUAUUGGCCAAUCACCUGUCGGCAAAGCCAGCCAAUCGGAGUAGCCAGACUGAGUUCCGCAGGGCUCCGUGCUGCCUAUAGUGAAGGAGACAUCAACGGUGUGAUGGAAGGUGGGGGUCUGGAGAGGCUUCGGGGGGUCGGGGGUUCGGUGCCCUGGAUGGCUGACAACCGCUCCAGUAGACAAGACGCCGCCCAGAACAGAUACAUGCACACCAUCUCUUCUGUCUUCGACGAGAGCGGUCACCUGAAGGCACUCCGUCAGCAGCGGAGUAAGAUGGCCAUGGAGGACCUGAAGCAGCAGGAGGCGGCGAGGGCGUUGGCCAAGGAGCUGCAGAAGGCCGAGGAGCGCAGGAUCGACGCCGCCAUGGGCGUUCCCGACACCUACGAGCCUUCAGUCAGCAGCCCUACGCGCGGCGCAGGGCGAAGGAAGGUGGUUGUCAAAGAGACGGCUGCCACAGUCAAGGACAAGGGUGGCAGGUAUGGUGGUGGCAGCUUUGGCGAUGGUGGCUACGGCGGGCCUUCCAAUUAUGGUGGCGGGAACUACGGUGGUGGUGUCGACAGUUAUGGCGGAGGCAAUUAUGGGCCUGCUAACUACGGCGGAGGCAAUUAUGGGCCUGCUAACUAUGGCGGUGGCAGUUAUGGUCCUAGUAACUACGGCGGUGGCAACUAUGGUCCUGGUAACUAUGGCGGAGGCAAUGCCUAUAAUCCUGGACCCUAUGCUGGGGGCUACGUGCCGUCCAGCUAUAACGACCCAUAUCAAGCAGGGCCUCAGCGCACAAUCAUCCGGCCUCACGCCACCAUGACUUCGGAGGAGAUGGAGGCGAUGAAUGCAGCCAAGAAGGAGUACACACGCGAGGAGCUGCAGUGGCAGCUCGAUAUGAAGAAACAGUUGGAUAUGGAGAGGAAACAGAAGAGAGAUCAGGAGGACUUGCUGUACGAGGAAAGUAUCAGGAGGCAACAGGAGAAGAUGAAGCAGGAAUUUGAAGCCGAACAGGAGAAGAAAAGGCGGAAGGAGGAAGAGCAAUCCCGGCGUCGAGAAGCUCAGCUCAAGCAGAUGGAGGCGAUACAGAAGCAGGCCGAGGAAGACAGGAAGGCGAAGAAAGCGCAGACGAAGAAGUUUGCGGCUGACAUGUAUGAAACUGCUCCAACGUCUAGUGUCGACACUGGUCUGGACGCUCGACUCAUCAAGCCCUCCAAGGGUCAAGAUCCCCCCAGUUUUCAAGAAGCCCCAAGAUUUCAAGAGCCCCCUAGGAUUCCGGAACCUCCUAGGGUUCAGGAACCUCCCAGGGUGCAAGAACCCCCAAGGCAACGACUGUUUCCCAACGAUGACUUCGGUUUCAACGCGCUCAAGUCCGAUGCUUCCUUCUUGGCUGCCCAGAAACCCAAUAAGUUCUUUACUGACCCAACUACACCCCUGAAAAUGGCCAAAAACGGUGAAGACAGAAAGCGGCCGAAACCUCUACCGGACCCCCACGAGCUGGCUGCACCCACAAGCGGCCUGGAUGUCCCCCGCCUCAGGAAGCAGCAGCUUAACAGACCCAGGACCACCCUGCGUCUCGGGGCGUUCGAUGACCAAGUACCGAAGAAGCCACUACCCUCUAACGACCCUACGGCCAGCCUCUGGAAGCUCCCCCAGCAGCAGCAGGCCGAGGGGCCCAGCACCCUGCCUUUGAAGGACUGGCAGAGGGCGCCGCCCCAGGAGCCCUACCAGCCCACGGGGAGGCCCUUCGACUGGAAAGUUCAUAUUCCCGACCCCACGGACGACACAAGGAAAAAAUACGAAAACAUGACCCAGGAAGAUAUUAAGCAGUUCCAGGAGCGUAACCAGGACCUGAUGAGCCAGCUCCAGGCCAUGAAGACCAACCUCAAGCCUGCUGACGGAGGAAGUCCCGCUGCGACCCGAGGUGGAAAGUCGAGUGAAUACGUGCCCUCGGGGACAGGGUCGGCGACGCGUGGAGAGGCAGCCCAACCCAUCGUACCGUCAGGAGACGCAGACAACGUUGACUACAUGAAGCUUAAUACGCCAGACCCCAGCACCAAACAGCAGGCAAACCCUGAAUCUGACUUCGACCCCGACGCGACAACACGCACGACGCUGAAGAAGUUCCUGGAGAAGGCACAGCCCACCUGAGCGCCCUGGAACACUGAUCACAUCUGGAAGACUGAGACCUUACCUCACCUCUCAAUGCAGUAUUAUUGUCACUUGAUACUUAAUUUAAGGAUUGUGGGUGUUGUGUCCAUGAUGCUAUCAAAGAGGUAUAGUAAUAUUCGAAGAUUGACGAAAAGGGAGAAUAAUUUGCAUUUGUUAAGGCAUUAUGGCAGCCUGCCAUUCAACGCUUACGAGUUAGUGAGUGCCACAAUGCCUGUGCCACCUUCUUCAGGAGCCUUGGUGAUUUUGGUAAAUCUGGUUCCCACAGGUAAUUUUUGUACCGCUUUCACAGUAACUACUGGUAUCCUGUGUUUCCUUUAGCCUUUUAUCUGUAAAUUGUGGUUCCUUUGUAAAGGCCUCCUGAAAUCUAUUAUAGAGUUCUUCACACACCAGUUUUUCAUGAGAAUUUCCCUUCACUGUGAGUAGUCUCACUUUUUACAUGCUAUAGAACGGCUAUACUUGAUGCUUCUCUUUUGCUAUAAUGUACAUGUAUUUACCGUGUGCCUGCAGCAUCGAACUGUUAGCUCUUGGACCCCCGCCUUGUUAACCGUCCGUUGUCUAAUGUACCAACGCCAGACUUAUUUUUCUGUAAUAACAAUGUUAUGACCCCAGCCCUAAAAGUACUUAAUAAUCUGUAUUACAAUUGUCUAACAUUAUACUGCUGCAGUUUUGUCUAUAUUUAAAUAUCACUAUAUACAUGUGUAUUAUGUUUAUAUGUCAUAUUUCAUUGUGUGUUCAAUGGUUGAAGGCUAUCCAGCUUUCCGUGUGAGUGUUAGCCUCAGAUCAGCCAACCCAUGAAGGGGCUUAUCUGUUCCUGUUACACUUGUAUAUUUGUAUUAUUCAGUGUUGUGAAGCGGAACAUGUGCGUAUGUACCAGAGUUUGUAAAAUUAGUUUAUAUUUUUUCACCCCCCGAGAGGGUUUGAUAUCAGACUUAAGUUGGUUUAGCCGACCCGUGGGGAACAGACGAGAAGUGUUCACUGGUCUGUAAGAAUAAUAUAUACGGUGUUGUGCUCUUUUCGAGACAUUGUAUUUUUGGGGUUUACUUUUACCGCAUAAGGUAAGAAGGGGAUUGUGUGUGGAUCAUUGUUUCCUGUUACAACAAUAUUUUCAAAUUGUAACUAUUGUGGUGAAGUUAUUAGUAUUUAAUAUCCGGGUGGGAAGACUCGGCCAUGUUCUCAUGCCAGUGUGGACUCUUAACUUUUGUAGCAGAGAUUCUAGACUUUGCCAGUCCAGUUGGGACAUUGGUUUCUGAAAGCGAAGUGAUAAUUCACUGACUUGAUUGUUGAUAUUCAUGCUUAGCCGUUACCUACACACAUACAACUUACGUGAUUGUAACGUCACCAUCCACCACGUCCACAACUUAAUUGCCAGUCCCAUACUGUCUAGUAUAGCCAUGUUGUUACGCUAGUAAGUAGUCCGUGUCACUUGUGCCUUUUGAUAACUUAGAAAGUAAUUCUUAGAAAAUAAAGUUUAUGUAAAUAUUGUAUAUAUUUAUAUG